UCCGGCCGCCUCUGCCGCCGCGCGCUGCAGCAGCGCCGCCUUCCCUGCGCAGUCGGUGUCUCCGCGUCGCUGGGUGGGAUCGGCUCAGUGGCCAUGGGCAAGCAGAACAGCAAGCUGCGGCCGGAGAUGCUGCAGGACCUGCGGGAGAACACGGAGUUCUCGGAGCUGGAGCUGCAGGAGUGGUACAAGGGCUUCCUCAAGGACUGCCCCACAGGCAUCCUCAACGUGGACGAGUUCAAGAAGAUCUACGCCAACUUCUUCCCCUACGGUGACGCCUCCAAGUUCGCUGAGCACGUCUUCCGCACCUUCGACACCAACAGUGACGGCACCAUCGACUUCCGGGAGUUCAUCAUCGCGCUGAGUGUGACCUCGCGUGGCCGCCUGGAGCAGAAGCUCAUGUGGGCCUUCAGCAUGUACGACCUGGACGGCAACGGCUACAUCAGCCGCGAGGAGAUGCUCGAGAUCGUGCAGGCCAUUUACAAAAUGGUUUCGUCGGUGAUGAAGAUGCCGGAGGACGAGUCGACCCCUGAAAAGAGGACUGAGAAAAUCUUCCGCCAAAUGGACACUAACAACGAUGGCAAGCUGUCCUUGGAGGAGUUCAUCCGCGGAGCCAAAAGCGACCCGUCCAUCGUGCGUCUGCUGCAGUGCGACCCCAGCAGCGCCUCCCAGUUCUGAGUGAGGAGCCAGGUUCCCCCCUCCUCCCUGCGUUCACUGGUCCUCUUCCGGCCCUCAGCUUCCUCUCCCUUGUGUCCAUCCAGGCUAGGGGCAGACAGGACCUCCCCCCAGCGUCUGCACUCUGCGGGGAGCCUAUGGAAAAGGGAACCCCUCAGUCUCCCCAACACCCAAGCAAGCGGUUAGUACCCUCCAGGCCAAGAAAGCAGCAUCUGCCUUCAGCGAUGAUAGGGAGACACGCAGGCUCUGGCUUGAUCCUCCUCAGCCUUCCCCUUUCUAGAUGUCAGAAUUUCAGCCAGCCUCCCUCCCUACCACACGCACAGCCCCGAGUCCAGACUUCCCUCCCUCACUACCAGGCAAGCUCCCCCACCCCCGUGCAUCUCAGCCUGGGUGGAGAGGGGAGAAACCAAGCACAGGUGAGGAGAGGUCU